AUGGUACGUAUAUACUGUCUUGUUGGAUUUCUCUUGCGAACAUUGAAUGUAGCAGAAGUAAAAGAUGUUAUUCUCAGAUUGGGUUUCUAUGAAAGAUCAUUCGAUCGAUUCACCGUAACUAAGUUGCAAAAUCAAGUUUCAGCACAUUAUCAAAAUCAAUUCUUUAAACAAAUUCAUGUUCUUGUACUCGGCUUGGAUGUAUUAGGCAAUCCACUUGGCAUCAUUCUCGGUCUAGCUGAAGGAGUGGAAUCAUUAUUUUAUGAACCAUACAAAGGUGCGAUCGAAGGUCCACUUGAAUUUGCUGAAGGUAUGGCUACCGGUGUUUUAACAUUAGUCGGUUCAACGGUAGGCACUGCUGUUGGCGCAGUUUCAAGAAUAACCAGUGUGCUUGGAAAAAGUUUAGCAACACUUACAUUUGACGACGAAUAUAAAGAUUCACGUAUUCGUCACAGACAACCAACAGCCAACGUUGUAACCGAUAUUGCUGCCGGUGGAAAGAAUGUAGUUAUGGGAUUCGUUCAUGGUGUAACUGGAGUCGUAACAAAGCCAGUGGCUGGUGCAGCACGAUCUGGUGCUUUGGGUUUCGUCAAAGGCUUAGGAAAAGGUGUAAUAGGUCUUGUAGCACAGCCCGCUGGCGGUAUUGUUGAUUUUGCGAGCACUUCACUCGAUGCAGUUAAACGUACGGCUACUCAAGAACAUAUUGUUCGUCGUGUUCGAUACCCACGCCAUGUCAGUCACGAUGGUCUUGUUCGGCCGUAUAUUUUUCAUGAAGCGAUGGGUUUAUAUAUUCUAAAUCGACUUGAUAAUAGACGAUAUACCAAGACUGAUACGUAUAUUGCUCAUAUUACAUGUUCAGAUAGUCCACCAAGUUGGCUUAUGGCUACCUCAAAACGCAUUCUAUUUGUGACCGAAAUUUCAAUUUUUGGGACUUAUAAUAUUGAUUGGAAAAUGGCCUAUCUGGAUCUACAAGGAAUGCCGGUUAUCAUGGCUGAGAAACAAGUUAUUCAAAUUCUAGUUAAAAAAUCACAAGGUAACAGUACUUUUGACACAAAUCGACCAUCGAGUAAAGCGAUUAAAUAUUCCAAUCUGAAGGAUGCUUGUUAUUUUGUUGAUAAAGUUACAAAUGCAAUGCAUUCUAUUGGACUGUAA